AUGUUCGCAGUAUAUUUUCAUGGGCAGUAUAAAGGUUCUGAUGGUCUAAUAGACAAAUUUGACGAAAUGAGAAUCUUUACAGUUCGUUCAGACGAAAGUCUUGAGAAAACUCUAAAUGACUUUCAAACUCAAAUGAACAAAUACUAUUGGGAAUUUCAAGAAAAAUACGACUCUUUACUAAAUGGAACAUACUAUCUGAAACUAGAAUAUGACAAGAUGAACUCCACCGUUUCAUUUCAAAAGAUUGAAAUUAACCCUCCAAGAGAUACGGAGUUUUUAUUUUGGGGAGUAGACAAACGUUCUUGGGCACAAUUUCUUCGGUUACUAAACCAGAACGAACCAUUACCACCAGAUGGUCCAUUUAAAUUUAUACUUCCACCAGCAGAUUUGACAGUUUAUAGAAAUGUGUUCGACCCUCAAAAUGUUAUGUGUCAUGCAAGUUUCAGUUCAAGCAACAAUAGUUUUCUAAGUAUCGGUAAGGACUUUUAUGACUUUGCUUCUAAAUUCUACGAACCACCUAGUAACAGUUUCUCUGACUUUCAAGUUUGGUUCACAACAAAUGGUGUGCAGCAUAUAAUACCAUUGUACUAUGACUUUUAUCUCGAAUUGUCUUUCAUAUACAACUACGGAAAAGUGCUGAAAAAGUAUUGA